UGAAUGGGUGGGAAAUGAAGGGGGUGAGUGUUUGAGAAACAGCAUGGAUGUUCCUUAUCUAUCAGCUUCUUGGGGGUUCUUUUGUGUAAUAUGAAGUUACUCCUGCUUAAACUAGAAUUAAAACUCAUUACUCAUAUCUCAUUCCGGUUUAUACUAGUUUGUAACAACUUGUGUGCAGAAUCGCUCGUCGUUGUUCAUUUGUGUUUAGAGGUGCUUGUUGUAUAUAGCAUGUAGCUGUUUGCUUAUGGACUUACUCCUGGAUAACUUCGUUUUUUUUAUUUUUAAAUUUGUAUCGUUCUUGUUCUAAUAUGGAAGUAAAAGAACGCAUACAGUGUGAGGAUUGUGAUGCCACUUUUUCUGCGAGAAAAAAUUAUUUACGUCAUCACAGAGCAAAGCAUGAAAAUGCUUCGUUUGUUUGCAGUGUUUGUGGACUAUCAUUUAAUAGAAGUGAUAUUUUGUCAAGACACGUGAAAACACAUGAACGUGUACCAAAGCGUAAAAUUGUAUCAACAACAACGGAUAAUUCUCGAUCGAAGAAAGCGAGACCAAUUGGAAAUGUUGAUAACCCAAUGAUUUUAGAAUCAGCAUUUCAAAGUCGUUUAAAGACAAUUAGAUUGGAAAAUCCAGAUGGGAUAUUAGAUAUCAGAGACUAUUUAGAAUCAAAACGGAAAGUAUUUAUUGAUUCCGUAUCAGAAGCAUUGGUUGAAAAUCAGUUAAAAGUAAACUGUUUUUUUCUCUGCAUUUAUGAGAAAGCUUCUGACGGUGGAGUGAUUACGGAAGAAAAAGACUUUAAAACUAAAAACACUGUUGUACUCUUAAGUACAGAUCUGCAGGAACUAUAUACCAAUGUUGUAGACAAACUAUUAUCUGAAACUACUGAUUUCGAAUCAAAAGGAAGUGGAUGGACACUAAGCGAGAUUCUUUAUUUAGAAAUUCGCAUAAACAAAUUCAACCCUUUGUACGCUUCCCAAUACAUAGAUUUACCCAGAUUUAUUAAAAAUAAGCAUGCAAUCAUAAAUGUGAAUAAUAGAGAUAACAAAUGCUUUCAAUGGGCUGUGCUUUCAGCUUUAUAUCCUUCAAAUGAUCACAGUGAUCGUACAUCAUCUUACGAGGCUUUCACUGAAGAAUUGAACUUUACGGGUAUAGAUUUUCCUGUCAAGUUAACAGAUGUUAGAAAAUUUGAAAAGAACAACAACAUAUCAAUAAAUGUGUAUGGAUUAGAUGAAAAAAACAAAGUUUUUCCGCUUUUCAUUACCGACGACGAAAAACAAAAUCAUGUCGAUCUCCUUUAUUUAUCUGAAAGUGGGAAUACACACUUCGCAUGGAUUAAAGACUUAUCGAAACUUAUCAGCUCACAAAUUUCCAAGCACAAUGGAAAAACUUUUAUUUGCAGGAGAUGUUUGCUUCAUUUUACUACAGAAUCUACACUUCAAAAGCAUAAAAAGGACUGUAGCAGUCAUGACGCCGUAAGAGUGGAAAUGCCAAAAGAUCCAUAUGUAUAUUUUAAAAACGUUAAAAAUCUUUUCGAGGUACCUUUCGUCGGAUACGCAGACUUUGAAUGUAUCACGACGCCUAUUGACACUUGCGAGCCAAACAGUGCAAAAUCCUUUACAAAUGCUUACCAGAAACAUCAACCCAUCAGUUUUUGCCUAUACAUUCAUUCUUUUGAUGGAACUUUUAGAGAUCCAAUUUUAUACAGAGGGAUGGAUGCCGCUAAAGUCUUUUUUGUUGAAGUACAAAAAAUUGCGCAUACAGUCCAAAACAUCUACAAAAAUCCAAAGGCUAUGCAUGUUCUUACCUCGGAAGAACUUACAAAGUAUGAAGCAGCGACAGUGUGUUACAUGUGCGGAAACGAAUUCACACAAGAUAAUUAUAAGGUUAGAGACCAUUGUCACGUUAGUGGUUUUUAUAGAGGUGCAAGCUGUAACAACUGCAAUCUAAAGGCCACGACGCCAGACUUUUUACCUAUUUUUUUACAUAAUUUGUCAGGAUAUGACAGCCACCUUUUCAUCACAGAACUAGGUGCAGAUGAAGGGGACAUUGAUGUAAUUCCGCAGACAACAGAGAAGUAUAUCUCAUUUUCAAAGAAACUUAAAAAUGGUUUCAAAAUAAGAUUUUUAGAUACCUUUAGAUUCUUACCUAGCAGCUUGGAUACACUUGCAAAGAAUUUAUGUCCGGAUGAAUAUUACACAAUAAGAAAUUUCUUUCCUGCAGAUAAGGUUGAUUUGGUUUUGAGGAAGGGUGUUUACCCUUAUGAUUACAUGAAUUGUGUAGAAAAAUUUGAUGAGACGUCACUCCCCUCAAAAGAUGCAUUUUUUAACCACUUAGACGAAGUACCAAUUUCCGAUCAGGAUUAUGAGCAUGCUAAACGCGUGUGGAAUACUUUUAAUAUUAAAACAAUGGGUGAAUAUUCGGAUCUAUAUUUAAAAACUGAUGUUCUGUUGUCAACGGAUAUUUUUCAAAAUAUCCGGAAAGUUUGUUUAAAAACAUAUCACUUAGACCCCUCCUGGUAUUUUACUUCCCCUGGUCUCUCUUGGGAUGCAAUGUUAAAGAUGACAGAUGUAAAAAUAGAGCUGUUAAAAGAUUAUGAUAUGCUUCUUUUUGUUGAGAAAGGAAUAAGGGGCGGAAUCUCCCAAUGCUCCCACAGAUAUGGAAAAGCAAAUAAUCCCUAUAUACUCGAUUAUGAUGCAAACUUACCAACAAAUUACUUGUUAUAUUUGGACGCAAAUAAUCUCUACGGGUGGGCUAUGUCCCAAAGCUUGCCUUUAAGUGAUUUUAAAUGGAUAAAUCCUGCUGAUAUUGAUGUAAGAGAAAUUUCAGAUGAAAGUCCUUUAGGAUACAUUCUCGAGGUGGAUCUGAUUUAUCCUCAAAACUUACACGAUGAUCAUUCAGAUCUUCCACUGGCACCUGAAAGUAGGGUUCCUCCUGGAUGUAGAGAAAGACGACUUAUCACCACACUAUUUGAUAAAAAUAAUUACGUCAUGCACUACAGAAAUUUAAAGCAAUGUUUAGCCUUAGGAAUGAAACUAAAAAAAGUUCAUAGAGUAUUAGAAUUUAAACAAGCCCCCUGGUUAAAAACUUAUAUAGACCUAAACACACAUGAAAGAUCCACAGCUAAGAGCGAAUUCCAAAGAAAUUUCUACAAGUUAAUGAAUAACUCUAUUUUUGGUAAAACUAUGGAAAAUAUAAGAAAUCGUGUUAAUGUUAAACUAUGCAAUAAUGGAAGAAAGGCGGAUAAACUUAUCGCGAAGCCAAACUUUGAGGAUCGAACAAUAUUUGGUGAAAACCUUGCAGCUUUUCAUAUGCGAAAAACGCAUUUAGAAUUCAAUAAACCUAUGGUAAUCGGUAUGUGUAUAAUGGAAAUUUCCAAAACAUUAAUGUAUAGUUUCCAUUACAACGAAAUGAAACCAAAAUAUCAUGAUCGAAUUAAAUUAUUGUACAUAGACACGGAUAGUUUUAUAUACGACAUAAAAACCUCUAAUGUUUAUUUUGAUAUGAAAGAUAGUGUUCAUCUAUAUGACACUUCUGAUUAUUCUCCAGAUAAUGAGUAUGGAAUGCCAUUAAUGAAUAAAAAAAUGUUAGGAAAGAUGAAAGACGAAUGUAAAGGUAGGAUAAUGACUAAUUUUAUAGGUCUUCGAUCAAAAAUGUAUACAUUUCGUAUAGGAUCUAAAGAAACUAAGAAACUGAAAGGAGUGAAAAAAUCCGCCAUUAAAAACAAAAUAACGUACGAGGAUUAUGAAAAGUGUCUUUUUGAAGACAGAAACCUUUUUACUUCUAUGAAUUUAAUUCGAUCGAAGAAACAUGACAUAUUCUCGGUAACAACUAAUAAACUAGCCUUAUCCUCACGUGAUGAAAAGCGUGUUAUUUUGAAUAAUAAAAUAAACACCCUUCCUCACGGACAUUAUUCUUUGCAAGAAUAAUUACUAUUCAUGUAAAUGAUACUUUUCUUUUUGAAAUUAUGUAUAGCAUAUUAAUCCAUGAAGAAUGUUAUGUUUUAAAUGUAAAAUUGAUUCAAUAACAAUCAUGAUUUAGUGUAGAAAGGAAU